AUGCCUACCUUCCAUCCCCAGAACGCCUCAAAAGUCCCUGGAAAGAUCGCCUUUGUCGCUGCACAGUGCAUAGUCUGCUGCUUGGUCUUCGUUCUCGGUCUGCUCAUGUUGCUCGCAACUCUCUGUCUGAUCAUCGAAUACUUUCCCUGGUUUCUCGCCAUCGGCCUCCUCAUGCUCAUCGCUACAACUCCAGAACUCCAGCAAGGUAUCUCGGCAGCAGUUGAGAGAAAGAAGAGGGAAUAUGAGUCAAAGUCGACACAGACAUCUGAGCCUCCUGUUGCUGAGCCCGAGGCUCACAUGACUCCUGAACGUCCGAUCAAGAUGUCUUUGCGCAGUGGCAGAUUGGCGCAGAAGAAGUGA